AAUUUUAUAUUUUUAUCUGUGGAAAAUUUGCCAAUAUCCCACCUAUGGAAAAAUGAGAGCUUUUCUUUAUUUUUAAUUUUCAGAUUUUAAGUACCUUGAAAUAAUAUUGCAGUAUUUCCACUUAUAUAAUUACAGUAACAUUUGUAGGUACUGUUAAACAUUUUUAAUUAAAAAUGCCUUUAAAAAUGAAUUUGGAACGUCUAUAUUUAGUCCUGCGGUACAUGUUAAUAUUGCCGGUUACGUUUUCAACCGCGAAUUUAAAAUGAACCUUAUUGAAAGUAAUGAUGUUACCACUCUCUCACUUCCACAUUGAGUGUUUCCAUCUUUAAAUGCGCAGGAUCGACAGGAUAUUCGCGGCACGCUGAAAAAGCUUCCUCAGUCAGUGGCAUGUACGAUAAGGAAACGUAAUUUGGCGGGUUUUGGAUUAUAUUUCGAGCGUUUACAACGCAUAAACUAUUGUUGCGUGUGAUUAGAAACUACCAGUUUUCUCUAGUCGCAUACUCGCUGGUAUUUACCAUGAAGCUACGUCAAAUCCAAAUACUGGAGGCACUUUGCGCUACACGUCAUCAAGGCUUCGAUCAUCUUGCUCUUGGCGAAAAACGAAAUUUAAAGAUUAUCGGAAAAUGAAGGAACUAUUAGCAAUUCAGUUUUUGAUAUGUCUGGCGCUGGCAUUUAAUGGGAAUUAUCCGGAAAAUUGCUUUCCUGUGUUACACUUUUCAAGAACGCAGUUUUAUUUCAACGACGUCGCCUGCGAACACAUAUCAGUUGUAAAUGGAACCACAUUAAACAUACGCUUGAAGAACAACCAUCUAACAAAGACAAUUUCGUUUACAAACAGCUUUAUUCCAAUUUUACCCGCCGAUUAUUUCCGAUUCUUUCCAUUCUUGGAAAGAUUGUUUUUACUCGGAAACAAUAUAGAAACUGUUGAACGUGAUGCGUUUAAUCACCUUAACCACCUUCAGCAUCUUUCACUUUACAAUAAUAGUAUCAAAGAAAUUUUUGGACUCACCUUUCGUAAAUUAUCAAAUGUAAAGAUACUAAGUUUUUCAAAAAAUAGACUGGAGGAAUUGCACCGGGAUUCUUUGUAUGGCCUAGUCUCUGUACAACAUUUAAAUUUAUCACACAACUCAUUUCGUAAAUUAAAUUCAAAUACGUUUGAUAAUGUGCCGUCACUUAAAUUGUUGGACAUAUCGCACAACAUCUUGCACAGCAUUACUUCUGAGAUUAAUUUAAAAAGGGCAGCCGAUCGUUUUGAGUCAUACGAUCAAGUACCUAACAACGUUUUUAAAAGUCUACCCAAAUUAGAAAAACUAAAUUUAAGCUUCAACAAUCUGAGUGAUAUUCCCAUUGGAUGUUUUGGCGGGCUUAAUGUUUUAUCAGAACUCAGGUUAUCCAAUAAUGUCUUAACGGAUGUAGACUUUGGCACAUUUUCGGGACUCGGUAACAUAGCUACUUUGUACUUAGAUAACAAUAAAUUAAUUUCUCUACCGGAAGAAUCAUUUUACGUACUUAAAAAUUUACACUUUUUAUAUAUUCAUAAUAAUCUGAUAGAUAACUUAGACGUAAAAGUAUUGCUGAAGCAAACUCCCAACUUAACUCACAUUUCUCUUGGUGUAAACGAAUGGAAUUGUGACAAUUUAUUUAAUAUUUUGAGGCUAUUAACGCAUUUCCACGUCCAUUUUGCAAAUGGUACGAGUUACGAUGUCGAAAAUGUAAAUGGGAUCGCUUGUACAAGUCGAGAAAAUUUGGAACAAAUCCGUGCAUCUGGUAAUUUUGAAGAUCCCUAUUCCACUUUUGUCUACAAAUUUGCACAAUUCUUCGACAGAGACUUUAAAAACACGCCUUUUUACAAUUUUUUACAAGAAAUCUUAUCCAUACCUUCGGCAGUUAUAAAUUCUUUAAAAAACCUUACUAAGUACAUAAAAGAACGGCGUGAGUUAGUUGAUGAACUCAACAGACUUAUCGGAAAGAAGGAGAACGUUUCUUUCUCUGAUGAGUAUUAUGACCAUGAAGACUAUGAAAAUGAAGAAUAAGACAGGAUAGCGACUGGGUUGAAUAAGACUAUACCAUAGAUGUAAUUGAUCCUCAAUGUUCCCGUGUUAUCUGUGUUCAUGUCAUGCUAUAGUUGCAAUCUUAGAAUAAUCGAUAUGUUUGUGAGUUUGAUUAAUAGGCAUUACAUACUUACCACUGUCGAAAUUGUUUAGUAAACAUUGCUUGAUUUAUGUUAUAUACAUUAUAUUUACUACGUUUUAUCCAGCUAAUUACUGACAUUGUAAGCCACUGGCAAGCAACAAAAUGUUAAAGCAAUAGAAAUAUUUGUUUGAGCAAACUUAAUUCUUAUUCGUGGAGAAAAAAAGUAUCGCUACUUUUAAACUAAAGUGUUAAAUGAAUUAGAAAAACUUAGAAGACAAGACGGUAACACCAUAAUAUUUGGUUUUGGCCAUCUGGGACAUGUUAUUUUCUACUUUCUUCAAUAACAUUGAGAGAGAAUAUGUUUAGCCGUGUCAACCUGUGAUUCUUUCUCACGUACUGGAGUACACCUAUAUACAAACUAGCGAAGAAUUAGGGAGAUAAUCUCAUAGUGACAAAGCUGCCACAUGUUAAGUGCAUUUUUCGAAACAGCAAGGGUUUAAAUUUAGUGUACUUUCAUAAGAAAUGAACAAUAACCCAUAGUUAUAGCAUAAAGUGAUACAUAAAAAAUAGCAACAUUUGACAUUUUGAAGGAGUAAAAUCGUAAACAAUUGCAAGUUAGAGCUUAGAGAUCAAGAAUUAAUCGAGGCACGGUAAAAAUC